CUCAUUACCGUCCAACGCAUAAAUAGUGUGGUCAUUGUUUGUCAUUUGUUAGUCUGCGACGAUUAUUGUGCUGCCAACUUGUUUUCACAUUAAUUAAAAUGGAGUUUAAAACUUUAGUAUUAUUUUUCACGGUUAUAAUAAGUUGCUUCUUUGUUAGUAAUGCUUUUCCCAGAGAUAGUAGUAUAGUGAAACAAGAAACUGUAACGGAAAUAAAUAUUGGAGCAAAAGAAAGUUCGACGCCCAGUGUGGACAUUGGAAAAGAAUACCACAUCCCAGGAAGAGUGUCAUGUCAAUAUGAAGACCCCGUAGACGACAUCGUAUGCCAGGAACAUUGUCUGCCUAAAGGAUAUUCGUAUGGCAUCUGUGUCGGUCAUACUUGCAGCUGUAUAUGAUUUUAAAACAAAAGUAUAGCAUAAAAGAACAAGACAGCAUUUUUACUUAUGUUUCCUGUGAAUUAAAGAAUAACAGUCGCUUAAUUUAAAAAUGUGAUUUUUAAAAAAAUAUUGUAACUGCCUAAUGAAUUAAACGUAUCAAAGGGGAUCUAGUAAAUAAAACAAAAAUAAAUUGUGUUGCACUUUA